AUGGGUACUGUUGGGUCGGCAGACGACUUUGGCUUGUGUAGGCCGUGUGGUCGUGAGGAACUUUGCCGAGAGGCGUUCUGGGCUGACAACUCUCGCGGUCUCGGGCCCCUGGUACCUGCAUCUGCAUCAGGCUGGAACUCCGCGCUGCUGAAGGGCGCCUGCGAAGGAGAUCCUGUCUUGGUGAGAGAGGCGCUCGAUGCCGGGGCAGCAACCGAGAUAAGGGCGGUGUCAAGCAGCGCUGUAAAACGCGGCGUUGCAGAAAAUUGCCUGGGCUUGACGGCCCUGAUGCAUGCCGCUAAAGGAGGCCACCUGACUUGCGUCAUGGCGUUGCUGGAUUCGCGUGCCGCGCUGGAUGCUGAAGACGAGGACGGUGCAACUCCGCUUCACUACGCUGCCAUAUCCGGCGAUCUCGACGUCUUCAAGGCCCUGAUCCUGGCCGGUGCGGAUGCAUCGCUGAAAGACGCGGAACAGAGAACCGCCCUGGAUUAUCUCCCACAGCACAUAAAGAAGGACCCUGACCUUUUGAAAAGUUGGAGGGCUGUUCUUCGAAACGAGCUCCCUUACGGUGUCUGA